CUAUAGGGAUGCGCAAGUGAUGCAACGGUGUUCCUUACGGAAUUAGGAAGCUCGGACGCGGCGCUAGUGCGGAGUGCGGGCGGAGGUUUGCUUGGUGAUGCGGUGGUUGCGAUGGAGCUUCGCCCUUCCAUCAGCGCUAUACCAACCCUCCAAUUCAAAGCGCGACGCACUCAAUUCGUUGUCGCCGACCAACAGCACUUCAAUUCUCGAUCAGCCAUUGAAUCGACUAAAAGCAACGACACGCAAGGACCGGGAUCCAACACCCAAUCGCCAGGAUGAAUACAAUCAGAGCAACACAACUCGUUCGCCAAAGCGCAGCCCGUCAGAUGAUAACACGAACCACGCGACGAAAUCUCUCCAUCGAGCCCCAGACACCUCCGCCGCAACCACCAAAAGAACCCUCCAGAGUUGGCGCCUUCUACAAGUCCUUUUCGGCACCCAUACUGAAAUGCUUCCUCGGCGCGCUCUUCACAUACCAGUUGGCGUACUUUGGGUGGAUGAAGCUUGAGACAAUAGAGGAGGCGCAUGGAAAGAAGAACGAGAUCCAGAGUCUGCAAGAAGAGUUGGCAGAUGCGGUGCACAAAAAGAGAAGGGAGGCUGAGAAAAUCGCGGGGAAGGUCGGGAAUAAGGUUGAGGAGAUCACAGGGACCGAUGUUGUAGGGAAGGCCAAGAAGAGCGGGUGGUGGCCCUGGUAAGCUGGUUGAGAAAUGGUCAAAAAAUGGUCGAGAAAAGGUCUCUACUUAAGAGAACAUGUGAUAACAUGUCGUGUCAAGAUAUAUCUGCAGUACGCAUGAGUGUGUAAAAGAGUCAAAUUAUAGUGGGGUAGACAAUCAGGACAUACCCAAGUUAAACAGGCCAGUGGCACUCACGAAGCUACAACAAUGUCACUUGGGCGACGCCAUACACGACUGAUUCGGUCCCUAGAGUUGCUACAGUCGCCACUGUUGAUCAGCAAAAGCUUGAUGAGCAUCACGAAACCUUCAUAUUCAAGUUGACCAAGGAACA